AGCCCCUGGCGCCUGGAGCAGAUGCGGCUGCUGGAGCUGCCCGAUGUGUUCACCACCGAGGAGGGGGCUGGCUGGAUCCGUGCUGUGGAUGUCACUGAGAUCCGCUGCGAUACCCUCGUCAGCUGGAACACGCUGCACCCUACCAUUGCCAUCCUCCCUACCGGCAGGCCUGUGAAGGUCACCCACCCCAACAUCCACCCCAUUCCCUACUCUGAUCACUCGUCCUUUUCAGAGCUGUGCGAGUUUGUGAAGUGGCUGAAACCUUGCUCGGUCAUUCCAAUUGUGAGGGGUGGCAUGUGCCAGGCUUACUUUCAGAAAUACCUAAGUUCUGCCCCCCAGGCACUUCCUGACCUCAAAAUCUCAAAGCCUAUGCAAGAGUCUGUACAGCAGCAAAGCAAAAGGAAGAAGCAGGAACCCAUGUUUCCCUCGAAAAGAGCUGCCCGGCAUUCUGUGCCCCAAGGAGUUGUUUAUGAGACCCCAGAAGAACAUACUGAGAAAUCUGAAGAGUUCACGGGUGUUAAGCAGAACUGCUGUGAGUCAGCUUUCUGCUCGAAAGAAGGCUGCACUGGUUGCCACGCAGCCGAGGAGAAAGAGAAGGAAGGGCUGAGCGGAGACCAGCCAGGAGUAGCAAGAGCAGCUAGCACUGUUAGCCAGGCACCCGUUUCCGAUGAGCACUUUCCAACAGGAUUUGCAGAACAGUAUUUACUCACUCCCUUAAAUGUUCUAAAGCAGAAUUCCCCACAGAAGUUUGACAAGCUGGUAAAAGACUUCUUUAAGAGGGGAGAAACAUCCUGAAAACUUGUGUGGCCCCGGCCAGUGCCAAUGCAGUUGAUAGCAGUGAUUCUAGAGGUCUCAUUGCUGCUUCCCGUCAGAAGAGAGGAGCUCAGCUAUGGGGCUCUAAUUCCUUUACCUCUUAUUAGAGGACAAGGAGAAAACUAGAACCAAUUUGUAGGUGUUAAAUUUUAAAAAUUUAUUUAUUUUUAUAUCUCUGCAUCUGCUGGGUCUCCACACUAUGCUCAGGCAGUGCGGUCCCACUGUGUCUGUGCCUUCUAUCUACUUUUCGCAGUGACGCCUCUCUCUUGUGACAAAAGGUACAGCCAGGUCAACUCAAGUUGAGCUGCAGAGGGUGUGAGCUGCCUGCAGCUGAAGUAAUUAAUGGGGUGGAUGAGAUAAAAGAAGGAAGAAGGGGGAAUCUGAGUGCCCCAAAGGUUCUUUCUAUGCGUAACACCUCAUGUGCGGUUCAUUCCAAGAUGCAUUACAAAUAUUUUGUAUUGCGGUACAUUUAAAGAAUGGUACUCUGUAUCCAGCCAACUGCAGCUGGAUGCCGUUCUGCUUUCCUGAAAGCACUAUCUUAAUGCUAACUGUUAAUGCUUUUUCAGGUUACUGCCUGGAAAAAAAUAAGAUUUGUCUGGGUUCUUGAGUUCUGGACUUUCCAGAAUGGGUUACUAGAUCCUCCGCAGUCUCUGCACUCAAGUCUGCAAGUCUGAAUUCUGCUUGACUGCAAAGCACUUCUGGUUACUGACGGCGUUCUGCUGGGCCCCCUGCCUUCCCAUCCACUGCCUGUUCUUAUCACGCAAUGGCAAAUGGGAUGGAAGAUAACGAACCAUCUGCUUACUGGCAUAAAGUGCUCAGUCUUAGCAGCGUUGUUUGGAAGGAAUACCGUGGCUGAACAGCGAAAUUGGCUCUGUUAGUUAGAGAUCAGGCACUUUCCUGCUCCAGGUGAAGUGGAGAGAGCCCCAGCCUGGCCGGCACAGUCGGAGCCCGGAAACGCUGUAGUUAUCCAUGCCAAACUGCACUAGCAGCAUUACAAAUUGGCUCCCUAAGGGGUCAAGGCACAACACUAGUGGAAACAGUCACUAGGCACUUUGCUGAAACAACAAACCAGCUUGUUGUUCAGCUUUUUCUAGCCUCUUUUUUGUUACUUUCAACACAAAAUGUUUCAUGUGAUCUUGAUCAGGAUCAGAGUCUCUUCUGAAUGUAGUGUCCUGCAAGGUCUCCAAGACCAGGCAGAUAGGUGGAUUGAAUUCCCUAAAUCAAGCCAGAGAAGGAAGCAUUUGCUCUUUGAGUAAAGCUAGGGCUCGUGGAAAGCAAAGAUGCCUGUACAUGCAGCAGCCACACCUGUGAAAAACAAGGCUGUCCUGAACAGUAAUCACUAUGACAGAGCGGGUAUGUUUGGGAAGCUGUUCGGGAGAGCUAGGGCUCCUGUUUGCCAACCCCAUGCCUUCCCCGGCUCUGCACCAGUCAUCGCUCCAAUGUAGGCAGUGCCUUUCGCGGGGACUGCCUGUUGAUGGCGCCUGCCAGCUGCUAUGGGGACGUUGGAUGUGAUGGAGCAGUGUUCUGUGGAAUUCACUUCAAAAGGGGUAACAAGGGCGGCUCAGGCUUCUUGCUGUGGUCUGUAUGGUCCUUUUGGAGGUUUCUGUAUGGAUUCCUGGCUAAUCAAAACUCGACUGCAGAGCCGCAUCAGGUCAGUGUGAGCGGAGACACCUGCAUUUUCUGUAACAUCUGAGACUGCCAGGGAAACGACUGUGCUGUGCUUGUCGUGUUCAUCUGCUGCUGGCUGCCUUGGAGAUGCAGGCUGUUAUUUUAACACUGUUGAAAUUUAAGUGACUCAUUUGACAGGCAGGUGAGGGAGGCACUGCCUGAACUCCCAGAUUCCACGUCCGGCGCGCAGCCUCUCCAUUGCUCAGAAGGAAUGCUUGCCUUCUGAGUCACUGCUCCAUUUAGGUAUGUUGCAAACGACCCCGGAGAUCUGAUGCGUUCCACUGCUGAUGUUUUGUGGCAUCCUGUCUUUCCUCCUUUAUUCUUAUCAACCAUUCUUAUCAUUUAUUCAGGCAAAUUAAGCAGAGAACCUCCUGGUGAACCUCUGGGCAAAAUGGAGUUGUAAAUGAUAUUUCUUUACAGAGGCAACUCUGAUCACACAAAAAGAAGGGCAAAUUGCAGAGGCUUCAGAAGCUGGGAAUCUGCACCGCAUUUCUGAACACGUGGUUAAAACUGCAGAAGAAAUGCUGACUUCUGUUACUAGAGCUCAAAAGGUAAUUCCUGCCACUUCAGAAAGAAAUUCUCCAAAUUACGUAGAGCCAAGGAAAUCUAAAAUCUCCCCAUGGUUUUAAAAGGCAGUAGAAGCAGGAGAGACUUGACCAACAGUCAGCAUGCUGGAGAUCCUUGCCUCAGCACAGCAGGUGCAUGAGCUGUUUGAGUGCCCCCGGUUUUUGUGUGUUACCCUAAAAUCCUGGAAAACAAAACAUGGCCUUGUGGGGAAAACUGGUUGUAUAGUGUUGCUGAGCUCCAAGGUUUCUGAGAAUCCUUCAGCCUCCCCAAAAGUCUCCUGGCAGUAAAUAGCUGGCCUCUACAAGGCCUUGUUCUUCCUCAUGCCUGCCUCCAAAAUUUCCCUCUUCCCCUAGCACCAGCCUAGCUCACAAGGGAGUGCUAGUGCAGCCACGAGCUGGAGCAUCACGUACGCCAGGGGCUGAAUGUGCUGCUUCCAGCUCAGCUGCACAGGGCUCUGCCAACACUACUACCUGGUGUGUUUUGCUCACAACAGCGACUGAGAAGCUAUAGCCAAGUGUUAGCUUGACUGUGGGGUAUCAAAGAGCCGCAUGCUUGGAAACUUACAGUUAUCCCAGCGGGGGGG